AUGGCCGCGGAUUUGGGCCAAGCUCUAGCGUAUCUGCGGAAGUGCAAGAGCACAAAGGGCAGCUCUAUUUACAACGAGCUUACAGCAGCGCUUGCAAAAGUCUUGGAAGAUAGACCUGUGAACGCUGUGGAGGCGUUGGAGACCGCCGUGCUUUCGACGGCGCCCGCGGCGAGCCUGGUCGUGCCGUUGGUGCCUGCAACUUCAGCGGCAUCAGCCGCGAAGGCGGUUGCCACAGCCAGCUUGUUCGGGGAGCCAGUCGAGGUGCUCGACCCGGAAAGCGGCGAACCCAUCGAACCGGACGCCCCCAAUGACUUUGAGUGCGAGGAUGUCGAGGGCGAUGGCAACUUGUUCGAUGCGUUGGGAGUGGGUCUGGGUCGCGGCGAGAUGCUCGCGGCCAUGUUGGCGGUCCGCAAGCUGGGAGAAGACGCCAAGAGGGGGGUGGCUACGGUGCGUUUCUUCGGCAAGUUUUUUGGCACGCAGGCUGACUACUACGUGUUCGAGACCACCCUCAAGGACAAUCCAGAGAUGCCCGAGGCGCCAGAGGGAACCGUGCCGUACGAGCCGUACGGCGAGGGCGUCAACGCUUACAUUUACUUUGUAUCCAACACACUGGGCGGCCCACUCAGCCAGCUGCCGUACGUUACCCCCGAGCAGAUCAAGGCCUCCCGCCUGCUGCGCCGCUUCCUCACCGGCAACCUGGACGCGCCCGUGUCCGCCUACCCCCCCUUCCCGGGCAAGGAGGCUGAGUACCUGCGGACCCUCAUCGCGCGCAUCGCCGCCGCCACCGUGUGCUGUCCACGCGGCUUCUUCCUGGCGGAUGAGGACAGCGCUGAGCUCAGUCCCAAUGACGAGUGGGAGCCGUUCAAGGGCCGGGAGAUGGCGCUGCCCGUUAACUGGGGCCACCGGUACCCGCAUAUCAAGGAUCAGGGUCGUACAGUGACGUACAAGCGGGAUCCGCCGGAUGAGGAGGAGGAGCCGGAGAAGAACUUCUGGACUGCGGAGGAGAUGGAGGAGGGUCCCCAGCCUCUGGCCUCCCUGGACAAGGACACGCCCCUAGCUCUACGGGCUGGGGACCCCGUGCCGCCCGCCGCCUGGUCGGGUCUGACUAGCUCUGCCUCCGUCACCACUCGCAACCAGGUGGCGGGGGUGCGCUCCAACCGCUGGCCGGGAGCUGUGUGCGCGUGUGCGGGCCGCCACUUUGCGUCGCUCUACGUGGGCUGGGGGCUCAAGGCAGGGGAGUUCAAGCCCGCGCCGCCGCCGCUGCCGGCGGCUCAGUGGCCCGAGCUGCUGCUGGAGAGCAACGAGCUGCCGCCGAAGCCCGCGCCGCCGGAGGAGGAUGAGGAUGAGUGA